UGUUGUGUCCUCUGCUCUUCACUGUGUUGUUUGUUUGCUAAUCUCCUAAUUUGAUUAGAAAAUAGAGAAGACAGUUGAUUAUUUUUCUUUUAUCUCCAAACUAUCCAUCAUGUUAGCCUGUUCCAAUAAAAAUACAUUUAAGUUUGGUUUUCUAAUGUGAGAAGAUGAGGUGGUUUGAAGGUUGCAUCUCAAGCCAGCAUUAAAUUACAACAUACAGCAUCGUUAGCGUGAAGCAGUGAAGUUGGCCGCUGUCAGAGAUCUGUAUCUAAAAUACUAAUGGAAAGUUGUGAGGAAGGAAAAAAUGUGGAAGAAAAAGCGAGAAGCCACAAGUAUAACCAAGCCCUUGAAAGGUUUAUGAAGAAAAGUCAAGUCAAGACAUCCAAAAGGAGAGAUUCAAAGAUGUACACUACAGCUGGACAAACACAAAUCAAGCAAAGGGUUUAUAUUUGUCUUCCUGCCAGAGAACACAUUGAGUUCACCCAGAAUGAUCUGAGUAUUGCUGCCCAAAGCAAGGUUUUCUCAAGAAACUUUUAUUUUUGCUAAUCUCACAGGCAGUUUAAAGGUUGAUGGCUUUACAUAUUUUAAUGUGCUUCCAGUUAAUGAUGUGCUGCCAAAACUUACAAAACUUAUUCUACUUUACAAAGUUGGAGCAUAAGAGACAAAUAGAGGGUUGCACUGCAGUGAAUGUUUACAAAAGGUCACAAAGGGGGUUGCCUUUGUGACCUAAAGGCAGUACCCUUUAGGUCACAAGAACUAAAAAAAAACUUGAGAAAAUGAGAGAUAAUCUAUUAAAUUGACUGAGGAGAAUGAAGAUGGAAACUAAAGAGAACACACAUUUUUGUGUCUUUGUGAGACUGCUGCUUUUUAUCAAUUUUUUAGCAUUAUUUUUGCCUCUGCUGGAGUUUAUCUGAAAGUGGGUGGUGAGGGAGGGGGUAGAUAUUCAGCAAAGGGUCACCCUCUGUACCCCUGUGUCACCGCCACGCCCCCUGCUGCUUGCUGUUUUUAUACAUUCUAUAAAUUCAGAUGUUUGUGUCCAUGUGGUUAAAAAGUGAGCUAUUAUUGUCACAUGUAAAUUUUAUAAGCUACAGAAAAGUAAUUAUUAGGGAUGCACUGAUGUAAAAAUUUGGGUCGAUAUCAAUAUCCAAUAUUAAUGCUGCUGCUUUGCCAGCAUUUAACAGUAUCAAUAUUUAUAUUUGCCUACACUUCUGACACCAUUGCUUUUCUGCUUCAGUUAAACACCCCAGAAUCCUGCUCAGCAUUGAAUAAAUACAACAACGCCAACCGCCUCCCCAUCUUGAAAAACAUACACAAAUGGCAACAAGAUGGAUAUAAACAUAAGCUGUUCAUAUCAGACCAGAUAUACUUAUCAGAUAUGGUAAAAAAUGACAAACAUCUAUUGAUACUGUUGUUGAUACCAAUACUUAUUUCAAUUAUAUAUUUCCAGAGAUUUAAAAGUCACUUUAGUACUUGAGAAAGCCUAUGUAAAGUUUGUUAAUUUACUAUUCCUUCUAUAGAGAAGGCACAUUUUUACUUUAAGAUCCAAAGUCUUCAGAGUACGAUUGAAUUGAAGUGUUUCGGGUCUGGGUCAAGUGUCCUCCUUUUUGGAAAUCAAAAUAAAAUGUACUUUUAAACAGAUGAAACGCACACAAUUGAAGCCAGUCGUUUUUUACAGCAAUCUUUCCUCUUUAGCAGUGAGCCGUCACUGACGUGCAGACUGAGCAGGCGUCCUGCCCCCACUGAGGAGCUACACUCGGGUAUCUUCUUGCAUCUGAGUAUCUGGCUGUGGCUGCAAAAAAAACAACAAAAAACAAACAUAUGUCAUAACCAAAAUGGUGGAGCAUUAGAAAAAAGACUCACAGAGUUUCUGGCUGAGGUUAAGCAUGGCGGACAGAAAAAGAAAACCAGCCGCCUCCAUCAAACCGAUCACGAAGAAAGAGAAAGUAGAGCUAAAGAAAAAGGAGGAAGAGAAAGCUGCUGAAGUUUUUGAAGAAUUUGUUGCAUCUUUUGAAACCAGUGAAAAAAGCAAAGUGAAGACUUUUGUACGUGGGGGAAUUGUAAAUGCGACUAAAGAGGAGGAAGAAGCAGAAAUAAAGAAAAGUAAGCUGUACCGACCCACCACAAAGUUUGUCCCCGUGUCUCAACAUGCCUCACCAACGUCCUCGUCUGACAGCAAAAAGUCUGCUUUCAAAAAGAAGACAGAAGAAAAGAAGAAGAGCAAUCUCGAACUUUUUAAAGAGGAACUUAAGCUCAUUCAGGAGGAACGUGAGGAAAGGCAUAAAAGGAAGAAAAAUGACUCUGAGGCUGGAGGAGAAGGAGGCGGAUACGGAGAUCUGGACGUUCCGUUAUCGGGACGAUCAAUGCUGUACGACGACUUGACGGCCCCGGUCACCACUAACCUCUACAUUAACUGCAUUAGCCCCAAGAUGAACGAAGACCUACUCUGCAGAGAGUUUUGUAAAUAUGGCCCCUUGGCCAGCGUGAAGAUCAUGUGGCCCCGAACGGACGAGGAGCGCUGCAGGACCUCAAACAGAGCCUUUGUGGCUUUCAUGACUCGGAAGGAUGCAGAGAGAGCCAUGGCCGCUCUAGACGGUAAAGUGAUUAUGGGCUUUGAAAUGAAGCUCGGAUGGGGCAAACCAGCCCGCAUCCCGCCUCAGCCUCUGUACACACCAGCUGGGGUGAGGGUGGCACCUCCUCCCCCAUCUGGUCUCCCUUUCAACGCUCAGCCCAGGGACCGCUUCCGCAACGACUUCACAAAGCCGCUGGGCUCGUCCAAAGCAGAGCUGGACAAGACUCUGUCCGAAGCCGUAGUCAAAGUGGUUAUCCCAACCGAAAGGAAUCUGUUAUUCCUUAUUCACAGGAUGGUAGAGUUUGUGGUGCGUGAAGGCCCGUUAUUUGAAGCCAUGAUAAUGAACAAAGAAAAAAACAACCCAGAUUACAGGUUUCUUUUUGACAACAAAAGCCAAGAUCAUGUGUAUUACCGUUGGAAACUGUUCUCUAUCCUCCAGGGCGAGUCCCCGACAAAGUGGAGGACGGCAGAGUUUCGGCUGUUCAGAGGCGGCUCCUUGUGGCGGCCCCCCAUCCUCAACAGCUACACCGAGAGGAGCGACGAGGGAGCGGCGGUCGAGGAGGCCGCUCCUCCAGAGGAGGAGGUGAAGAAGGGCCAGCUCAGAGCUGAGCACCGACAGAGACUGGAGACUCUUGUGGAGGAGCUGACUCCCAGCAGGGAGGAUAUCGCCAGCGCCAUGUUGUUCUGUCUGGACCGGGCGGACGCAGCAGAGGAAGUCGUGGGACACAUUUCAGAGUCCUUUUGUUCUCUUCAAGUUCCCCUUCAGAAGAAGAUUUCUAGAUUAUAUCUCGUGUCGGACAUCUUGCACAACUCGUGCGCCAAAGUAGCCGGGGCGUCGUAUUAUCGGAAAUAUUUUGAAAGCAAGCUACCACAGAUAUUUGAGCAUCUACAUGCAGCACAUAAAAACAUUCAAGCCAGACUGCAGGCUGAGCAGUUUAAGCAAAAGGCCAUGAAUUGUUUUAGAGCAUGGGAAGACUGGGCCAUCUAUCCCCCGCCUUAUCUAAUCCAGCUCCAGAACAUCUUUUUGGGGUUCGCCAAAGCGGGAGAGGAGGAGACGGACACGCCGGAGGAGGUGUCUGGUGAGAUUGACGGUGCACCAUUGAACAGAAGGCUUAUAGACGGGCUUCCUAUGGGGAAAACUCCGGUGGACGACAUAGACGGUUGCCCCAUGGGCUGGGACCCCCUGGAUGGAGUCCCCGUUGAUGACAUUGAUGGCGUUCCCCUAAACGCUCCUAUUGAUGACAUUGAUGGAGUUCCCUUGGAUGAAAGCAAACUUCCGCUCUCCAGAGUGCCUUUGUCUAAGUGGGAGAAGAUCGGUGAUACUGUCCAAACUGACUCGAAGUGGGAUACUUUAGGGGAGCAGGGUGAUGAAAAGAAGGUUCAUAUUAGCUGCAACUCACAGGAUGAAGACGAGGACUCGGAGAGUGACAGCAGCGCCGAUUCCUGCAGGUCGCCCAACUAUGAGGGGGCAGUUUUGUCUGAGAGUAAAAGAAAAAGGCUGAGGGAGGUGGAAGUGAAGGUUAUGAAACUCCAAGAUGAGUUGGAAUCUGGAAAGAGGCAGAAGAAGUCUGGGAUGAGCAUACAGCAACAAGUGGAGAACUACAGGAAGAAGCUGCUGCAGAAGGAGUUUCACAAAGAUGAAGAAAAGACGGAGAGGUCAAAGUCUAAAGACGGGCAGAGGGAAGAAAGGAGACACAAAGACAGGAGCAAAAGAAAUGAGGACGGAGACAGAAGGCUGAGCAGUAAACUUGGAGAAAAGCUGAGGAAAUCAAGGAGCAUCUCUCCAUCAAGAACAAAGUCUCCUAAAUGGUCCAAACGUUCCCGAUCACCAUCUCCAGACCAGAAGGUCAGCAAAUCCAAGUCCCGGUCGCCGCACCGCUCCCACAAGAAGGCAAAGAAGAGCAAACACUAACCAGAUUCAGGACUCUGACGUCAGGCUCUUAUCUUGGCUCCACCUUCAACAACCCACACGGGACUCGGCACCUUUUUCUAUUGUGAAGUUUCACCACUGUACCUACUUAGAUAUAUUUUGUUUUUAAAAUGACAUGUUGCUGCAAAGCGCCAACGCUAAAUAAAUCACCGUUGGUGACAAAUGUUUCUGUGGAA